AUAAAAAAUUGCGUCUCGUACACUUUUAUUCUAUUCUCUUUCAAAAUCUAUUUUAAAAUGUAUUAAUAAAAACUUUGGGAAUUUCUGAUACUGUUUACUUGGGAAUCCCGUUCAGUUCUCGAUGAAAAAUCGAUAUCUUCGACAAAAAUCCCGGUGCACGUAGAACGAAGAAGUGUUGCUAAGUAUAAUUAUUGCGCGGGCGCGGGUCAAUAAUCCGUGCCACGUUGCCUGGCGACGGUAUUCCUACUCUGAACCUCCGGAACAACCGGCGCGAAGUGCUUCUCUUCCUUCUUCAGAGCUGCUCCAGACUCCAGAAGCUGACGAGCUUCUUCCGCGCUGACACAGAAACGGAGACGAAGAUCUUGUACUCCAAUCUCAGCGACUGAUUCCUUCCAUUGUGUCAUUUAUGCGUAAAGAAGCGAACCAACCAGAAAUUGUGGUGCAGUAUGAAGGAAAAAGACGAAUUGACCGAAAGCGCGUGUGCGUCACUGAACGAUGGAUCAUCACUUGUGAAAACUUCUGAGAAAGUUUCUGAAUAUCGGUGGAUGUCAUUCAGACGAUCGUUCAGCAAUACCUUCGAGAAACUGUCCGGUGUGAAAACGAGCGACGUGUCAAGUUUUGAGAAAUUCACUCAAUUUCUUUAUCGUCCGACUGAUCCAGCCAGUCUGGGAAUCGCUCGAGCUCUAUUUGGACUAUGCAUGGUGAUAGACAUUGUGGAGGAAAGAGGAUUCGCAGAUAUUGACUUAAAGUGGGGAGAUCCAUGGGACUGCCAUUUUCCAUUGAUUCACGGAAUGAAACCGCCGUCUCUAUCGUGGAUGAUAAUAAUAUACACGGUGAUGUGGAUAGGCGCUUUUGGAAUCGCGCUCGGUUUUCACUUCAAACUCGCAUGCGCCUGUUUUGUAUUGCCUUACUGGUACAUCUUUCUUUUGGACAAGAGCUACUGGAACAAUCAUACUUAUCUUUAUGGUAUAGUAGCUACUUUGUUCUGGGGAACGGGUGCUAAUAAAUAUUACGGUCUGGAUGUGAGUAAUACAAAAGAAAACAGUAAUUUCGUUCCAUACUGGAAUUACUUUAUUCUUAAGUUUCAAUUUUUCGUGCUUUAUUUCUUGGCCGGUUUGAAAAAAUCCGGAAGAGAAUGGCUCGAAGGCUACUCCAUGAUGAACCUGUCCAGACACUGGGUUUUCCAUCCAUUUAACAUAUUUUUAAAACCUGAACAAACGGACUUAUUAAUCGUCCACUGGUUCGCCUUUAUCUUCGACUUGUCCGUUGGGUUUUGGAUGCUGUUCGAAAAAACACGAAUACCGGCCAUGAUAUUCUGCACCGCAUUUCACUUUAUGAACUCUAGGCUAUUUAGAAUAGGAAUGUUUCCGUACGUGUGUAUGGCGACAAUGCCGCUCUUUUGUCGAGUGGAUUGGCCACGUAGAUUAGAACUUUACUUUAUUGACUGGAAACAAAAAAUGUUUUCAACUAGUGAGAAUACAAAUGACAUAAAAGAGAGUGAGACUGAUAGUCAAAUAGAAGAUUCUUUAAACUACAACUCAAAGAAACACGACGAAACGACACACGAAGAGAAAGAAAUUUUAGAGACAGAAAGCGAGAAAAAUAGUAAAAAUAAUGUCGUUAAAACAGAAUCUGAAGAUGCAAGCGAACAAGAUAACAAUACACAAUUAUUUCAAAAGUUAACUGAAUCCGUCGAAAAAGAAACGACAAGUGUUUGCGAAGAAGCCCGAGAAAAUCAGCAAUCGAAGUCAUCGAAAGUUACAAAAAAACAGAAGUUCGUUGUGUCUCUGUUGCUGUGUCAUGUUGCGAUGCAGUUUUUUCUACCGUAUUCGCAUUUUAUAUCAAAGGGCUACAACAAUUGGGUGCCCGGUAUGUACGGUUAUUCCUGGGACAUGAUGAUCCACGCCUGGGACACGAUACUCGUAGUAAUUAAAGUGCACGAUAACGCAAACAAUGAAAUUCAAUAUUUGGAUCCCGAAGCAUGGGUGCAAGGAGACCGAUGGGUGAAACACGGGGACAUGGCGAUACAAUACGCGCAAUGCUUAAAGGAUAAUCUGAUGCGUCGAAAAGCGGAAGUGACGAACACCAAUCAAUGGUUUGAGGAUAAGGAAAAGUGGAUGAAACUGUCCACGAAUUUAAGCAUCUACAUGGAUGUGUGGUGUUCGCUGAACAGUAGAUUUCAGCAGAGAGUGUACAAUCCAAAUGUCGAUAUGUUGACAGUCGAUUGGCAUCCUUUGAAGCCUAUUACGUUUCUGAUGCCAUUACUCACACAAUACAAUUCGUAUCGAUAUGAGAUGGACAAAAUUCAACAACACGUUUACACAUGGUCGAAUUAUACGGACGUGUUAUUCGUAGCUGAUUUUCCGGGAAUGUAUCUGGAAAAUUACAUAUCCAACGACUUCACGAAUGUUUCAUUGACCGUGCUAGAGGGCGAGGUAACUUACAAAGAGGAAAAAUCGCCGAAUGAUACGAUUACUAUUUCGAAGGGAAGAUCACUUCCAGUGAAAACAGGAAUGUUUCAUCUAGUGAACACCACGAGUUCCCAUCCAGCAUGUUACAUGUAUACUUAUACUAAUCAAACGAAGCAGCAAUUAGAUAGAGAAAGAAAGAACUCUGCUCUACCAGGAGACACGCUGCCGCUUCUAAGAGAAAUUGAUAAUAAAAUAACUGCAUGGACAAGAGUGUUCGCUCAUAUGGCAAAUGUUUUUUUUCAACUUGGUGUAUGACGUUCCUAUGACACGACGAGUGCGCGACUACACGUUAACACUGUUACAUAUUCUACAUAUAUGUUUAGAUGAUUUUGUAGUGGAACA